AUGGCAAAACCGAUUGAUCAAGCUGUCGAAUAUCCUUUUGAAUAUGGGAAUAUUUCAAUCACGACUGUCAACGCACUUGUCCAUAGUUUGAAAAACAAUGCUGAAUUUGCCACUAAUACUUCUAUUGUCCUGAAUGAACGUGUAAAAGCAAGUACACUCCCCCUUAUGUUGUCGAAAGGCACUAAUAGGAUGAACGAUGUAUGGCUGCGUAUUACGAAUGAAACUGAACAUAUUCCAUUGUGCGAAAAUGGAAAUGUUGAAGACAUCAUCCGACAUGUAGCCGAAUUGAAAGGAACCAUCUCAAACCGGGAAAAUUGCGUCAAUUUUUUUAUUUGGAAAACGUUGCCAGAUAAGAAGACAAUCCCACUGGAACAUGGAGUUCUUGAAGACAUGUGUCUAUGCUUCAAUACUUUACUUUGUAAAGCAAAAACAUUUGAUGAUAUGUUGAAAGAACGCCAACCAGAAAACAGUAACUUGGUUAUUGCAAAUUUCAACAACAUGGAGGAAGAAUCUUUUGAUUCUCUGAAAAAAUUCUUGAGCCUUCUCCAGAGCACUUGUAUCAAUCAAGUAACCAAGGUGGAACUGUUUCGAACUGAGGUUGAAGAACGGUGUAAGUCAGAGGAGGUAAAAAAAAUCGUGUUGGCUAUAGCUGCGAAGUGGAAACUCAUUGAGGGAAACGUGACUGCCCUUUCAAAUAUGAUCGAUAAGAACAUUGAUAUCAAAUCUGUGGUUGAAGAAGUCAAUUCUAUUCAGAAACUUGCUGGAAUGAAUUCGGUUAAUUAUCUUGUGAAGAAAAAUGAUAGAUCUAACGUUUCGGAGGAAUCGAUUGUUGUGGAGGCACUAGGAAGACCUAUUGCAGCGGUUUUCAUGAAAAUCGAUGUUUUCAAAAGAACUCUUCAAAACGUUUCUCGAAAUGAAAGUCAUACAAUCGAGGAACUUUGGCUCCCAGAGAAAAUUAAGGAAGUACUUUAUUUGCAGAAAAAUAUUGAGCUUGUUGGGUUAUCAUCUGUUUGUGAUUACUUCCCUGAAGCCAACGAACAAAGUAGAAGCAAAAAAGCAAAAGUUAUUAUAAAGUUGUUGAAAGAACAAUGCGAGAAAAUACAAUCUGCUGCUCAGAAUUUCUCAGGAAGAGAAAAACAAACAGAAGAAAAUGUCGAAACAACGAUGACCGAAAUUCUUGAAUACGUUCAAGACCCAGUUUUGAACUAUUUCAUGAAAAUGAAACUGGGCCUCAAUGAAGUAGAAAGAAAAGUAGUUGACUCUCUUCUGAAGUUCUACGGUGAAAUUGAAAAGGACGCCAUAAAAAUCGAGAGCAUUGUGAAAAAAAUCAAGACAAACAGGAAAAACGCAGUACUGUCAAAAGAAUGUGAGAUCGAUCAUGAGAGAGUAUCAUUGUCACAGAAGGAGCAAAUGAAUGACAAUACCACGAAAGCAUCUAACCACAUGACUCUCAAGCCAGCAAUCAGCCAAAGCGUCCGCCGGAGUGUGGAACCAUUAUCCACAACUGAAGACAAUUUGGAAGAAACUGAACAAAUGGAAGAAGAAAGGGUUGAAAGUGAACAAUUGAUAAAGUUUAAUGAUACGUUUGAUGAAUGUAUGGAAAACGAGAAGAUCACAUCCAUACAUAACAAACUCAUCGAAAAGGAAUCAGCUGAACCUACACCUCUGCCUGUUGCAGCACAGAGUCAAGCUGCCGAUGCAGAGAGUUCAACCUCAGAGAAUGUCUCAUCGGAAAGCAAAUGUAUGCUGUGGCCUCGUAACGAUAUCGGAAGCGAAGAGUUUAUGAAGCAUUUCAAAUUGUGUGAAAAACAGUCUUUUGACAAAACAACCAAUCGCCGAUUCGAAUACGUCGCAAACGGAGAAAAGUUUAUGGAAGAGAUGGCAAAAGAUGACGUUUUGCAUAAUCCUUUUCUUAUUGAAAAUGCGAAUGGGCUUGGAAUGACAAUUGCAAACAAUUUGAAUUUUGAUACUCUGGAAGAUCAAUUGAAACCAUCGAACGGGCAACCUCUCCCAAAUGUAGAUGUCAUCAAUACUUACAAACGGAGCACCGAACCAAUGACUGUUGAACAGUUAUUGGAAGAAUUCAAGAAACCGAAUGCUGAAAGAUCAGCAUGCUACAAUUGCUUGUCUUUUGAAACAAGCAACAUCGAUAGCAGAUUCUGCAAGGAAUUCAAACUCCCUAAAUAUGUCGUUAAAAAAAGUUUAGUUCAUAAUCUGAGGAAUAUUUUGAAUGAGAAAAUCAACCAACUCUUGGAGCAACCUGGAAAUAGCGAAGAAAUCGUUCAAAAAAGGAAAGCAGAAGUAAAACGUUUGGUAAAGCAACGAGACAAUAUGCCGAAUUAUCAUCUUUAUGUCAUGUUAACCAUGGCCGGUUCGUUCACCGAACCUCAUAUUGAUUAUUCGGCAACUUCGCUGUAUUUUUAUGUGGCCAAAGGCCAAAAAAUAUUCUACUUCGCCCCGCCUACGAAGGAAAACUUGGUCUUUUUUCGGGAUUAUGAGAAGUACGAAAUGACAGAAUGGAUUGGAAAACCCCUGUUCAACCAAUGGCAAAGAGUUGUCAUCAACGAAGGGGGGAUUGCAGUCGUCCCGGCUGGAUAUAUACAUUUUGUGUAUACUCCACUGGACAGUAUUGCAAUAGGAGGAAGUUAUUUAACUGAAGACUCCUUCGAAUUGCAAUUCCAAAGAUCCAAACAAGAAGAAUCGUGGGUAAAAAAGAAUCCGAAGUUCAAAAAUAUCAUUUAUCAAGGAUUCCGGGAUGUGAUGUUCUGUUAUAUGGAGCACAUUCUCAUUCCGAAACUUGAAAGUGGCGCGGAGCUACAGGAAACAGUAGAUAUGUUUUGUAAAGAAAUGAAUGAUCGCCAAUCUACUGCUGGAUUCUCUAAAAAAGACAGACAAAAACUUUUGGAUGAACUUGCUAAAUACAAGUCUGAACCCGCAUCAAAAAAAAGAAAUCAUCCUGAAAGUUCUGAAGAUGGAGAGCCGGCCGAUCAAAAAAAAAGAGUGGAAGAAGAAAGAAACUGA